AUGGGUUCGAAGGGAUAUAAAAAGAGUUAUGGCAAGGCUGCGUAUAAGAACAAAUACAACGCCUGGUACACUGAUGUCAAAGACUUCAUGUGGCUCUUGAUGCAAAACCUGGACGUCCUGAUGUCAGCGCUCAUGCUUGUUUUAGUAUUCUACAUUUUCCUCCGACGCAAGUUUACGAACUGGAAGCCUGGAAAGAAAUCCUGA